CACUCAUCUCAGGAAACAAUUAAUCGUAACAACUAAUAUAUGUGACUCAGUACAAACCAGGAAGAAUCCUGUCGCCUCUGGAUGGGCGGCAGUAGCAUUUACUAGAUGUUAUCGUGUCGGAGAACAAAUCAAAAUACAAAGGGAAAAUAGUUCAGACAACAAAGAUUAAACUUUUGACGAUCAAGCAAUAAAAUGGCCACUCCUUUGUCCUGGGCCCAAGAAGCAAUUAUGUGUGACCUUUGCGAUAUGUCCACAGAACAAUUCUGUAAUAACUGUCAGGUCAAUUUAUGUGCGGAAUGUAUCAACAAACAUGUCAAAAAUCAGAAGACAUUGACACAUGACAUCGUUCCUUUAAAGAACAAAAAGACACACUUUAAAUUACCAGAAUGUAAAUUUCACUCCAGUCAGAGAUAUGAGGCCCACUGUCAACAGUGCGAUGUUCCAGUCUGCAUGAAAUGCGUCAUCGAUUUGCAUAAUGGACACACCAUAAGAGACAUACCAAACAACUUCAAAGAAAAGAUCAAGGAAAUCCAAAAGGAAACUCGAGAAAUAGAAUCAAAAAUGAUUCCAAGGUUUAACAAGAAAAUUGAAGAAGCAGUAAAAGAUAAAACUUUGGCUAAAGAAAAAUAUACUGAUCUUGAAAAAGAAACAGAGAGUCAAAGAAAAGUUUGGCAUCAAGAAGUAGACAGAAUCUUCAACAAAUUCAGUUCUUUGAGCAAAUCAUUGAGAGAUAACCAUCUGGCUGUGCAGAAAUCACACCAAGACAAACUUGAAAACUCUAUUUCAGAAAUGAUCCAGACAUUACAACGAAACAAAGAAUUGCUAGAGUCCUUAAAAGUGUCUGAGGUCUCCAAGUAUCAAUCAAAAAUGACAGAACACAGUGACAUUCCUGAAGCCAUUGAUGUUGUCCUUCGAAUUCCUUCUUUGAAAGCAUGCACAGUAGAAGGGAAGGAAUUUAGAAUAGAGUUAGGAGAAUACAUGGUUAAAUUGUCACAGACAUCUACUUCCAGUCUAACAGAUGAAGAUUCCCAUUCCUCCACAAAAGCGUUGCUAAACAAAGCAAGAGUAAUUGCAACGAUUCCUACUGGAGUUAACCUUUUAAAUGGACUAGCCUUUUUAGGAGCAGAUAAAGUAUGGAUUAGUGGUUUAGGAAGAACUAUAAGAUGUUUUGACAAACAGGGUUCGUUACUGGAUACCUUCACCACCUUGUGUCAAAUCCAGCCCAGUGAUAUCUCGGUAACCAUUCAGGGAGACCUGAUAUACAGUGAUUAUGAAAAUGGAACUGUUAACACUGUCAGAGACGGUAAAACGGAGGUACUGAUCACCACACCAAUGGACUGGAAACCAGCCGGAUUAACCUGUAGCAGAUCAGGGGACGUGCUGGUCAAUCUGUAUAACGGAGAUCAGAAUAAGAUUGUCCGAUAUCAGGGAAAGACAAUCAAACAAGAAAUAUUCAAAGAUGACAAUGAAGAGGAAAUCUAUGGAAGUGGAAACUUUAUGUUGUUUAUCGCCGAGAACAACAAUGGUGACAUCUGUGCAUCUGAUCGCAAUGCUAAGGCAGUGGUCGUCGUAGACAAGGCAGGAAGAGUCCGAUUCCGAUACGAUGGUUCACUAGUCAAAAGGAAGGAACCAAUUGAUCCUAAUCAGCUAGUGACAGACUCCAUGAGUCAGAUCAUUAUAACUGAUUGGACCAACGACUGCCUUCACAUUCUUAACCAAGAUGGACACUUUCUGAAAUGUUUAGAUGAUUGUGAACUAUCUAGGCCCCUUGGACUGAGUGUGGAUAUUGAGGGAAACCUAUGGGUUGGAUUAUAUGAAAAAGGAGACGUAAAGGUGAUCCAGUACAUGGAAUAAGCAGAAAACACACACAGUUAUGAUGUUAAGAUAAUUAGAUUUUUAAUUCCUUACUUACAUGCUUCUUCACUAACGUAACAAAUUGACAAUGUGUUUGCUUAUAAUAAGUCUGUACAUUUCUUAAUCAGAUUUAGUAGUUGCUGAAAUAUAAAUGUUUUUUAUGCUUGGCAUUGUAAAUACAGCAACAACUUUAAAAUCUCUUAUCUCUUCAAAUAUUUAAUUUUUGUUCUUCUUUUGCAGUAAAAUUCCAGAUGCUCUUAAGAUA